AUGCAGUAUCUAUCAUCCGCUGCAAAGGGUGACGGUGAAAACUCCACCGAUCAUGAGGCGACGAAAACGACUCCAAUGGUCGCGCAAUAUCUCGCUCGCAAGAAGGAGUAUCCAGACUGUAUGCUGCUGUUUCAAGUGGGGGAUUUUUACGAGUUCUUCGGGGAGGACGCUCGACGAGCAGCUCAUCUGCUGAACUUAGCACUGACAAGGAAGACCAAAAAGACGCAACACGCGCUAAGUGCAAUGUGCGGCUUCCCUAUUGGAUCGGUAGACUCGUUCGUAGAGAAGUUGGUGAUGCAUCAUGGUGUGAAGGUAGCAAUCUGUAAUCAAGUUGAGCCGGCGUCGAGCGCAAAGCGGAGAGGACUGAACUCCCUUGUCGACCGACAGGUUGUGCGAAUCGUCACUCCUGGGUCGCUGCUGGAAGAUACGAUGCUUACACCAAAGGAAAAUAAUUAUUUGGCAUCUCUUUAUUACAAAGAGGGUACAUGGGGACUUGCGUGGGCUGACCUGUCAACGGGCGAAUUCGUGUCGACCACUUCGUCAGGUGAUAAAUUGUCUAGCGCCAUCUUGCGGUGCUCGCCAAAAGAAAUUCUACUGCCUAGUUUGACGGAUGAGACUGAAAUUGAGACAAUGGGCUUGCAGGCUGCCGACAUGCCUCCGAAUGCCGUUGAAUUACUGGAAGCAGUGCUUCCGGACACGUGCAUGAAAACAUUUCGGCCUGCUGCGAGUUUUAUUCCGCAAACACCAAGUAGCAGGCGUCAAGGUCGUGCCAGUACCAUAAAUGCACCUGACUCACCAGAGCAAGCAGCUGUAUCAGCGAUACUGGACUACGUGCGUUUCACUUACCGAGGAUCGAGUGCCUUAGUCCGAGAACCACUUCACGUUGAAUCUUCUGACCACAUGAUUAUCGACUCGAGCGCGUGGAGAGGACUUGAGCUCACAAAGUCGCUUAGUGGCUCAAAAGCAUCGAGUCUACUCCACACUAUUGAUCAAACGACAACGCCUGGUGGCUCACGGCUUCUUGCGGCUCAUUUAUCCUCUCCACUGAUGAACCUCACACUUCUCGAUCGUCGACUGAAUGCUGUUUCGUAUUUCUACGAGCAAGAGCAUCUGCUUCAACGCACGCGGAAACAACUAGCAGAAGUCUUUGACAUGGAACGAAACCUACAAAGGCUUUCGAUUGGUAUUGGCACCCCAAAAGAUCUGAAAAACGUUGCCUCGACUAUUGUUGAAGCCGAAAACUUAGUUGAUCUUGUACGGACUAAUGAGCUUCGUAGACGCAGUCGUCUCCCGGACCUACCUGGAAACAGCGCCUUCAGUUUUCCCACACUACUGGAUGACUGCUGUCAUGGGCUUGUUGCCAAUGAGCAGCAACGCGAGAGAAUUAGAAAGGCUGCUGACGAAAUUCAUGCAGCACUCAAAGAUGAUUACGCAUCGCUCAACUCCAAGAGCGGAUUCGUUCGUGCUGGGUAUUCCCUAGAACUGGACAAAUGGCGAGCUAUUCUGCGGCAUGACCCAAAAUCUCCAGAAAAGCAGGAGUUGCAGGCCAAGUAUCGCGAACUAGUAGGAUCUACGCGGCUACGUGUUGUUUUCCAGGUGGAAAAGGGAUACUUUUUGGAUGUCCCGCACGAUGAAAACACAAAACUGCUGAAGACCGACCGUGGACGUCGCGAACUAGAGAAGCUGACGUUAUUCCAGUCACUAAAAAACUCGGUACGAUACCGCAGCGAGGAGUUGCGACAGCUGAAUCGUGAGCUCACGGAAGCCGCAGUGGAGGUAGAGCGCGUAGAAAACGGUGUUUUCACGGCACUACGUGAUCAAGUAUUGGCUGUGCGUACCGAGUUGCAAACUAUGGCCCACGCAAUCUCUCAGAUAGACGUCGUCUGUUCUCACGCUCAAAUGGCUCUCGACCACAACUUUACCCGACCGUUGCUUGAUGGCAGUUGCGAGCUGCACGUUGAAGACGGACGACAUGCAGUCGUGGAAGCUGCACACCUUCGAGGCAAAAAUGCUCGAAGCAUGCGCACUUUUGUGCCCAAUAGUCUGCACCUUGCCGCAGCUCCGAUGGGUUCUUGCUGGUUACUCACGGGUCCUAAUAUGGGUGGAAAGAGCACGUUUCUACGGCAAAGUGCGCAUCUCGUGAUUCUAGCGCAAAUGGGUAGCUUUGUACCAGCAAAGUUUGCUCGAGUUGGCCUUGUUGACAAGCUGUUUUGUCGCGUUGGAUCGGCAGAUGAUCUGGCAGCUGACAAAAGUACGUUCAUGGUGGAAAUGCAAGAGACCUCGACAAUCUUGACGCAGGCAACAAGUCGCUCACUGGUUUUAAUGGAUGAAGUGGGCCGCGGCACUGCUGUAAAUGAUGGUAUUGCAAUAGCUGGAGCUGUUCUCGAGACAUUAUGUGCAAGACAGACUCGGACAUUAUUUGCCACGCAUUUCACUGCGUUGAGCAGCUUGGUUGGCGGUACGUGUUCAGGAAAUCUCCGGCCGUAUCGAAUGGAAGUUAUCGAGCACCACGUUGAAGGCCAAACGACACAACUUGUGUUUUCGCACCGCGUAGUUGAAGGCCUAGCGUCUCAGUCGUACGGUAUCAACACUGCGGCACUUGCUGGAUGUCCACCAAACGUGGUCGCACGUGCAACGGAGCUACUGAGUGAACUCACUCAAGAUCAAGACAAAAGUGCGUGUCACGACUGA